GUGGGCACAGGUGGGUGGCAUUGCUGGGCACAUGUAGGUGGCACUUCUGGGCACAGGUGGGUGCACUGCUGGGCACAGGUGGGUGCACUGCUGGGCACAGGUGGGUGCACUGAUGGGCACGGGUGGGUGCACUGAUGGGCACGGGUGGGCGGAGCUAGUGGGCGCACUGCUGGGCGGAACUUGCGGGUGGCACUGCUGGGCACCGAUCAUCAGGGCACUGAUCAUCAGUGCCCUGAUGAUCGGUGCCGAUCCCCGCUCUGACAACUGCCGGUUCUCGGCAGUACUUUCCUCACGAUCUGACAGCGUGAGGAAAGUGCAGCCGAGAACCGGCACUUGC